GAAAGCGGUGCUCACCUGCCGGGCUGUGAGCGGCUAACUGAUUUAAGAGGAUCAUCAGACUAAUUGCCUCCUCUGAUAUUACCCUCCAUUGAUUCUUUCGACCAUUCCCCUAAUCACUGUCAUGAUUUUCUUCAUUUUCUCCUCUCCUGCUGUUUCAAAGUGACCGGUUGCAGGUGUUUUUGUGCUCCGAUUUGCACCAGUCAAGCCUGGCAAUAUGUAAUUUUGGGAUAGACGCUGCGUUUUUUUUGUUGGAGAAGUGGACUAUUUCACCGCACGGGAUUCCUUGUGAUUUUUUUUUUUUCUUUUCAAACGUUACUGCUUUACUCUGUAGACCAGAACAUAUUCUGAUACACCGUGAUGGUGUGGGGCUAUCGGAACUGACAGCAGAGUGUACGCUAUCUUUUGGAAACUGCUUGUGGGACUGGUAAAAAAUGAAAGCUCCCGUUCCUCUUCUGAUCCUGCUUCAUGCCGUUGUGGUCCAUUGCCUGAAAGUGGUGUCGAAGAGAGGCUCAGUGGAAGGCUGCACGGAUUGGUCAGUGGACUACCUGAAAUACAAGGUGCUUCUGGGGGAACCUGUACGGAUUAAGUGCGCUUUAUUCUAUGGAUAUAUCCGGGCCAACUACACCCAUGCACAGAGCGCCGGACUCAGCCUCAUGUGGUACAAAAGUGCAGGACACGGGGACUUCGAGGAACCCAUCAGUUUUGACGGCUCAAGGAUGAGCAAAGAGGAGGACACCAUAUGGUUUCGACCCGCAGAGCUGGACGAUGUGGGGUAUUAUUCCUGCGUUUUAAGGAACUCCACAUACUGCAUGAAGGUGUCCAUGUCCCUCACGGUGGCGGAGAACGACACGGACCUCUGCUACAACUCCAAAAUGAGGUUCUUUGAGAAGGCCGAACUGAGCAAAAGCAAAGACAUCUCCUGCCCGGGCAUCGACGAUUAUCUACAGCCAGGAGUCGAACCCGAGAUCGUGUGGUACAAGGAAUGCAAGCCAAAGCAUUGGAGACAAACCAUAGAAAGGAAAAGGGACACUCUAUCCAUCAAGGAAGUACGGGAAGAUGACAUUGGGAAUUACACCUGCGAAUUACAGUUUGGGAACUUUUUGGUUCGGAGAACGACUGAGCUGUCCGUCACAGCUCCCCUGACAGACAAGCCGCCAAAAAUCCUCUUCCCCUCGGAGAGCCAAGUGAGCGUCAUGGAGAUGGCAAUAGGAAGUCCUCUCAACCUGACGUGCAGAGCGUUCUUCGGAUACAGCGGAGACGUCAGUCCACUUAUCUACUGGAUGAAGGGGGAGAAGUUCAUCGAGGAUCUGGAUGAGGAGCGCGUUCAAGAGACCGAAAUGAAGACAAUCCGGGAGCACCUAGGGGAGCAGGAGGUUUCCAUCUCUCUGACCAUCGAGUCUCUAGAGGAGAGCGACCUGGGCAACUACUCGUGCUAUGUGGAGAACGGCAACGGGCGGCGACAGGCCAAUAUCCAGCUCUUUAAGAAAGCGGAGCUGAUGUACACGGUGGAGCUGGCUGGCGGUCUGGGAGCCAUCCUGAUGCUGCUCAUCUGUCUGGUGACACUGUACAAGUGCUACCGGAUCGAACUCAUGCUCUUCUACAGGAACCACUUUGGCAGCGAGGAUAUAGAUGGAGAUAACAAGGACUAUGACGCUUACCUGUCCUACACCAAAGUGGACCCAGACCAGUGGAGCCAGGAGACCCGCGAGGAAGAGCGCUUUGCCCUGGAGAUUCUCCCCGACGUGCUGGAGAAGCAUUAUGGGUAUAAACUCUUCAUUCCAGACAGGGACUUGAUCCCCACAGGAAGUUUCACCAAUGAUCAUUUCCAGGAUGACACAAGACUACUUAGAGCCUACAUCGAGGACGUGGCGCGCUGUGUGGACCAGAGCAAGCGGCUCAUCAUAGUCAUGACGCCCAGUUACGUGGUGCGGAGGGGGUGGAGUAUCUUUGAGUUGGAGACGCGGCUGCGCAACAUGCUUGUGACCGGCGAGAUCAAGGUCAUCCUGAUCGAGUGCGCCGAGCUGCGCGGCAUCAUGAACUACCAGGAGGUGGAGGCCCUCAAACACACCAUCAAGAUGCUGACAGUCAUCAAGUGGCGCGGGCCGUCCAGCAACAAGCUCAACUCUAAGUUCUGGAAGCAGCUGCUCUACGAGAUGCCCUUCAAGCGCAUGGAGCCCCUGAGCAUCUCCCACGAGCAGGUGCUGGACGUCAGUGAGCAGGGCCCCUUCGGCGAGCUGCAGACCGUCUCUGCCAUCUCCAUGGCGGCGGCCACCUCCACCGCGAUGGCGACGGCACACCCGGACUUGCGCUCCAACUUCCACAACUCCUGCCACACCACGAUGAGGCAGAAACACUAUUACCGUAGCUAUGACUACGACCUGGCACCGAGCGGCACGCUCCCGCCGAUGUCCACGAUGGGCACAAUGGGCACGAUGGGCAGCCAGCACACCUACUGCAACAUCCCCAUGACGCUCAUCAAUGGGCAGCGGCCGCAGGCCAAGUCGCCGCGGCAGCAGAGCAUGGAGGAGGCCCACGGGAACAACGCCAUGCUGCCACUGCUGCCCCGAGAGACCAGCAUAUCCAGCGUCAUCUGGUGACAGAGAUCUAUACAGAAGACUCACAUCUGGCACUCGGGCCCUGAACGCACCGGAGCCAGAGGCGCCUGAUUUGCUACUUGCUGCUGUUGAAUUUGCACCAGGAAACAACAGGGGGAGGGAGGACACUUUGGGGAUGAAGGUGGUGGCAGAUUUUCUUUUCUUUUUUUUGGUCCAAUAAGAGCUUUUAUUGAAUCUGAACAACAAAAAAUAACAAAAACAAUGAGGACUUGUUUGUAUGCCUGUAUAAACACUCACAAGCCAACGCCCACGAUCAUUUACCCGGAGAGUCAAGGAAUACAGGGUCCUGUACAUACGUUUUCUAAUUCUUUGUAGCAUCAGUGUUUGGGACUUCUUCUUAUGUUUCAUCAGUUGGGACUUUUAGUUUCAGUUUGUACAAAAGUGAAGCAAUGGCCUGUGAGAUGUUUUGGAUAAACCGUUGUUACCUUUAUCUUUAUUUGUUGGCUGGUGUAGUUUAUAAAGCUUUGGGAGUUUUUUGGGACAUGGGAUUUGGAUUUCCUGGGAGGCUGCUGUAAAGGGUUGAGAGUCUGGACUCAACCAGAAUAUGCAAAAACACGGAGUCCAGAGAGCAGGGACACGCUGGGUUUCAUACAUCGAUCAUAUUCAAAUGCUUUCGGGACAUCCACGGAGGAGGAUAUGAAGAAUAUGGUGCUAGGCUACAAAUCUCUCUGUUUCUCUCACGAUUACUUUAAAAGAAGAAAAAAAAAAAAGCCUUGCUAUUUACCUAACAGAUGAUUAUACCACCGAAAAAUUAAUUAUGUGUAUUAUUUUAUGAAAAAAGAAAAGUCUAUUUUUGUAACCCGAGGGAUAUUUGCUUAGCUGAAGUUUCUGAUGAGAGGAAAGAGAUAAUAAGCAUAUGUUUUGUUAUGUGGAACUGCACAGCACACCAUAGGUCAUUCACUUAAUGUCUUAUAUUGUUAGAGAAAGAAGAAGUGUUUUCAUCAUUAAAAAGAGGAGUUUAUGUCAUUUUAAACAGAUCACAGUUGAGCAGGAUUUCUUUGUUUUGUUGAUUUCACAGAGAUGGAGCUGCGGACAGUGUCAGAGCAGAGGGGGGAGAGGCUAGCCAUGUCACCUGAAACGUUUACUGGUUUCCUCAAGGACCAAACAAGGCCGUCCAGGGCUAAACAAGUAUAUCUGGUAUUCUCUUCCUCUUAAAUGACAGCUCUGUUAUCUGUUCACCAUUCCCUGUCAGCUGAGUUGACAAAAAAAGUAGGGCUUCAACACUUGCUGACUUGAUGACAAAGUAAUAUUUAGCUUUAGGGAAUGGGGAUGUGAGGUCAUCAAUGGCAAUUCGGCCAUCUUUGGAGGAUACCAGCGAGUAAUCACGGGGUGUAUUCUCCUCAACAAUAACCUUUUAGAAUAAACCCCUCCCAAAUAAAAUAAAGCAUAAGAGACAAGAAUGUAUUUAAAGAUGAAAUCCUGGAGUAUAUGUUACUACACUAUAGAGCAAGUUAGACCAAAGCAAGCUAUAGUGAACAAAAUAGUCCUUUUUUUGUCUCUUUAAAUCAUACUAAAAAAAGAGCUAUUGUCAGACUGUACUUCCUUCUCCUGCAGCUGUGCCAUAUUUUUCUAUUUCGUUCUAACCUCAUACUAAAACCCCUGCAGCAUCUCAUCAAAUGAAGAUCAUUUAGUGCCAUAAAAUAUGCAAAGAGACGAAACAAUAAAUAAAGUAAGGUGAUUUUUCCCCUUUAUCUUCUAGCAAUCUUAAGUUUUUGCUUUUACUCCAAGCACUCAAUCAGACCUUUCCCCCUUAUACAAAGUACGAUAUUGCUUCAAGGGCACCACUUCCUAACCCAGGAGUUUAUUGUGCUCAAUGACAUGGCAUUUUGUAAAUAUAAUCAAGAGAAUAGUGGGGUUUAGAAGACAAUCGAGCCAUAUUUCAGAGUAGAAACACUAACCCUGACUGCAGGGGAACUGGUAGAUCGAUGAGAUUUGGACAUCAGCGGGAAGCAUUUUCUCCACACUUUUUCUUUCACGGUGAAUUGAACAUGUCUGGGCUUUGAUGAUAAACAUGAUGAUGAUGAUGAUGAAAUAAUGACGAUAUAUAGCACAGAAUUAUUCCAGGCACUUUCACGACUCUUGAGACGACCUAUUUCUGAUUUAUUUUCUAUUAUGUAUCUGCAAUGUUCAUUAAAAAGAGAUACUGUUAUUAUUAA